AUGAUUCCGAUUGAAGAGAAGUCAUUACUGGAAACCGGCUCAUCUCUGGCUGCUCAGCCUGACCCGGCCCAUGGCCCUAACGCUAUUCAAAUACUAAUAUCUCCAAAGGAUCACAAGCUAAAAACAAGCGGGCAAGCCCCCCACAUAAAUUUAAUCAAUCCGGCUGCCAGACUCGUCCUCAGCCAAACUUUCCUCUUCACACUACAGAAGAAAUGCAGGACCAUUGACUCACCUACACACAGAACAAAAAACACAAACAGGUACUCACCCCAACUCCAGAUACUCAGGGCUAUGCUGUGUUGUCCGCUGGACAAGGUCACUGAAACACAAACAAACGCCGCAAACCAACACACAACCAACAACACAACAAUAACCAAGAACCACAACCCCACAACUCAACAACACAACACCCAAGGACCAAAACCCCACAACUCAACAGCACAACAAACAACAAGGACUACGACCUCAACUCACACAACUAACAAACAAGGCCUACAACCACAACAACAACCAACGACUACAGCCACAACACCAACAACACCAAGAAACCACAAUAGCUCACCAACAACCCCUCCACAACACCAAACCAAUAACUCCACAAGCCCACACCCAACUUCUCACAACAACACCAAGAAACCACAUCAGCUCACCAAUAACAACAACAACCCUCAACCACAACAACAGCCCUCAACUACAACAACUCACAACUCGAACAGAAACUCUCAAGCUCAACAACCUCCCAACACAAGCACAAGAACCUUCAAACACACACCACAAACAACUCGACUAACUCCAUGA